UCUUCUUCUUUCCCACUUUCUCUUCUCUUUGGAAGUUUGUAAAGCACAAAGCAGCCAAAGAGAAAGAGAUUUAAGGGAAGCAAAAAAGACGAAAUCUCGAAAAUACUCAAACAGUGGGAGCGAUUCUCGCUUCGUCGUCCUCGAAACUAUACAUUUAAGAUUUUAGUUGGUGGCUUUUCUUGCUAUGGCUUCCACUGCAACUGCCUCUUCUGCUGGUCCUCGUUAUGCUGCGCCAGACCCCACCCUACCCAAACCAUGGAAAGGCCUAGUUGAUGGUAAAACUGGUUAUCUAUACUUUUGGAAUCCUGUAACAAAUGUCACGCAGUAUGAGAGGCCUACAAGUGCAGAUUCUGUCCCGAAACCUUCUGUUGCACCUAUAAGUUCUUCAGUUCAAGUUCAGCAAUCUUCUGAAGGACGUUGUGGUUAUAGUCCUGGCAAAGAAAAUGACCGGGAUGGAAGAGGAAGUGAAGCCAAACUUGAGCCAGUAUCAAGGACUGACCAGAAUGCUAGAAGUGGACCAGUUCAUUCCCAUAAUACGCCUAAUGUGACUUCCAGCUCUGUGUCGGGAGUAUCUUCUGCUAGAGGACAUGGAUCAGUGACUGGGGGAAGUAAUUUGUCUGGUGAUGCUUAUCGCCGUCAGCAUGAGAUAACAGUAACUGGAGAUGAGGUGCCCCCACCUUUUUCAUCAUUUGAAUCUACUGGAUUUCCUUCUGAGUUACUUAGAGAGGUACACAAUGCUGGGUUUUCUGCUCCAACUCCAAUUCAGGCUCAAUCAUGGCCAAUUGCAUUGCAAGGUAGAGACAUAGUGGCCAUUGCAAAAACCGGUUCUGGGAAAACAUUGGGUUACCUAGUACCUGGGUUUAUGCAUAUCAAGCGGUGCGGUAAUGAUUCUCAAAUGGGUCCAACUGUGUUAGUAUUAUCACCAACAAGGGAGCUGGCUACUCAGAUACAAGAUGAAGCUCAGAAGUUUGGUGGUUCAUCAAGAAUUACGUGCACAUGUCUGUAUGGGGGAGCACCAAAAGGUCCUCAGUUGAGAGAAAUUGAGAGAGGAGUAGAUAUUGUGGUUGCCACUCCUGGCCGGUUAAAUGAUAUUCUAGAGAUGAGGAGAGUCAGCCUCCAGCAAGUUUCUUACCUCGUGUUAGAUGAGGCUGAUCGCAUGUUAGAUAUGGGUUUUGAACCUCAGAUUAGGAAGAUUGUGAAAGAGGUGCCUACUCGUAGGCAGACUCUAAUGUACACAGCGACAUGGCCAAGGGAAGUUCGGAAAAUUGCAGCAGAUCUACUGGUAAAUCCUGUUCAGGUCAACAUUGGCAAUAUCGAUGAGCUUGUGGCAAACAAGUCUAUUACACAGAAUGUCGAAGUAUUAGCACCAAUGGUAAAACACAGAAGACUUGAGCAGAUUCUGCGCUCUCAAGAACCAGGAUCCAAGAUUAUAGUCUUUUGUUCAACCAAGAAGAUGUGUGAUCAACUUGCUCGCAACCUCAGUCAGUUUGGAGCUGCUUCUAUCCAUGGUGACAAAUCUCAGGCUGACAGGGACUACGUGCUUGGUCAGUUUCGCUCUGGGAGGUCGCCAGUGCUUGUUGCUACUGAUGUUGCUGCUCGGGGCCUAGACAUUAAGGACAUCAGGGUGGUAAUCAACUAUGACUUCCCUACUGGAGUUGAGGAUUAUGUUCAUAGGAUUGGAAGGACUGGAAGGGCAGGUGCAACUGGAUUGGCUUUUACAUUCUUUGGUGAUCAGGAUUCGAAGCAUGCUUCAGAUCUCAUCAAAGUUUUAGAAGGAGCAAACCAGCAGGUGCCUGCAGAACUUCGUGAAAUGGCUUCACGUGGUGGUGGGAUGGGAAGGCCUAGACGAUGGGCUCCUAGUUCUGGUGGCUAUGAUGGUGAACGUGGCGGACGCACUGAUUCAGGGUAUGGUGGUAGGGAUGGUGGAAGAGGGGGUCGAGGAAUUUCUACAUCCUCGAGCUGGCAUGAGAAAAGUGGUGGACGUGGAUAUGGUCACGAGUCUUCUGACAGGAAUGAUUGUGGUUUCCAUGAUAGUUAUGAUACGGGACGCAGUCGGAGUCGGAGUCCUGACAGGUUUAAUAGUGCUUCUGGACGUGAUCAUUCCCCAGUGCUCAGUUUCCACGAGCUGAUGAUGAAACGUAAUCAGCAGUAGCAGGGAAGAUCUGGAUAUGCUGAUGGGGCCUCGUACAUGGUUUCAGGGACGAGUAGGAAGGCAAUGAUAUCUCCAGGUGAUAACUAAUCUCUUUUGACCUCGGAAUUGAGGGAUUUUGGUAGUUAUAUAAAGACUUAAGAUGCUCUCUUCCGUCACGGUUUUUGUUUUGUUCGUGCUACAUACAUGUGUAGGGCGGUGUGCAGUGGCAAGGCAAAGUGAAUUUUUUUGGUAUGUUGAUUUGAUUUCUAAAGCUUUUAGAAGAUGAGAAAUCAGUCAAAGUUGAAAUGCAAAAAGUAAAUGAGGAGAAGAACCUUUUUUUUAUUUUUUACUUUUUGAUGUUUUGGAUUUUGUUGUGUAGUUCUUAGGAAAUGUGUUAAGGAUAGUUAUAACUAUGGGCUGUAAAGUUUAAAGGCUAAUUUCAUUCAAGUGCUUUGCCAGCUUGCUUUCUUAUUGGGGUUGGGGUGAUUUGGUAAUUUACCUUCAAAGGGUGAGAUGGAACUGGAUUGAUACCAAUGGAAAGUUGAAUGAAAAAUGCAAGAGGAUUAUGAUAUGAAUAUAUAUAUUCAUUAUUGUUAGUA